ACAACGCUUGUCACUCUUCCUCUUUAUCAUCUCGACCGACAAUUACCACGGCGACCGAACCGUCUUUUUUCCAUGCCUUCCUUUACUUAAUCUCGUCGCACUCCUUUUAAACUUUCACCCACGCGUCAGACGCGAUCCUUUCGUCAUCACAUUACCAGUCGCGAACAUCGAGUCAUCCUAGCACACACGGCCCAUCAUGUCGGCCUUUGGUGGCUUUGGAACCGGCGGAAGCGGCUUUGGUAAUACUAGUAAUAACAACAACACAUCCACUGGGUUUGGUGGAUUCGGUGGUAAUAAUACGAGCAACACAGGCUUCGGCACAACUGGCAACGCCGGUGGCUUUGGUGCCUCCAGCAAUACAGGAGGUGGCCUAUUUGGCUCCGGGAAUGCGUCAUCCGGCUUCGGUGGAAACACCGGUGGAUUCGGAGCAUCAAGUAACACCGGCGCGUUUGGCCAACAAAAGCCAGCCUUCGGAGGCACAUCCACAAGCGGCGGUUUGUUCGGCGGCUCUACCACUACGACUUCUGGUGGUGGAUUCGGAGGGUUUGGAGGAACCAGCAACAACGCCUCGACGUCGAGCCCGUUCGGUGGUGGUGGCGGUAGCACUGGCGGGUCUAUCUUCGGUAGCAAUGCUAAUAAGCCAGCCUUCGGGGCAACGAACACAGGUUCGACUAGCGGCGGUGGACUCUUCGGAAGUGGCAACACGGCCUCGAACACCGCUACUUCGACAGGGUUUGGUGGAUUCGGUAACACGUCGAACACUCCAGCCAGCACAGCGUUGGGUCCGGUAGGCGAUCCUCCAGGAACUGCCAACGUUACCAACUUCGCUCCUCUGGUCGAGAAGGAAAAUGCAACUAGUAGUGCCCAGAACUCCUACCAGAACAUCCUCUUUCAAGAUCCGUACAAGAAGUGGUCCGCGGAAGAACUAAGACUCGCCGACUACGCUGCUGGUCGUCGUUUUGGAGGCACUUCUGGUACCGGAACUUUUGGUGUCGGAUCCGGAUUUGGCAGUGGAUUCGGUGCAAACACCCAGGCCUCCAGUUCUUUUGGUAACACGAAUACCACGACCAAUACUGGUGGUGGUCUAUUUGGCAAUAAUUCAUCGGCCGGUGGCGUCUUUGGGCAGAAUAAUAACAACACCGCUACGACUGGAUUUGGUACAAACACUUCUGGAACUGGUGGUAUGUUUGGAAACAAGCCAGCGGCGACCGGCGGUCUGUUUGGCAAUUCUGCCACAACUCAGCCAGCACAGUCCGGUGGUUUGUUUGGUUCCGGAAACACUGGCUUUGGCAGUACAGGAAAUACCAACACCGGAUUUGGUGCCACAAAUACUAACACCGGAAGCUCUAUGUUCGGGGCCGCCAACAACGCUAACCAGCAAAAGCCUGGAGGCUUCAGCUUCAAUAAUACGAACAACAAUGCCGGUAGCAGCGGUGGCUUCGGUACUAACACCGGAGGCUUCGGUGCCGCUACUCCUAGCACAGGCGGUGGUCUUUUUGGUGGUAACACCAAUACUAACCAGAGCUCCGGUGGUGGUCUCUUUGGCAACGCGACGCCUCAGAAUACGGGCAGCGUGUUCGGUGGGGGCUCUGGCGGCUUCGGAAAUCAGAGCCAGCAGCAGACUGGAUCAUCUCUGUUCAAUAACAAUCAACAGAAGCCAGCUGGUACAGGCCUAUUCGGAAGUACCACCAACACCGGCGGAACUGGCGGCGGCCUCUUUGGUGGUUCGACCAAUACAUCCAAUACCUUUGGUCAGCCAACUACUAAUCAGACAGGGGGCGGUCUCUUUGGCAACAAGCCUGCUACCGGCACUGGCGGCGGAUUAUUCGGUAACACCGGUGCAACUCAGAAUACCAAUACUACCGGAGGUGGUUUGUUUGGCAGCCUCGGCCAAAACAACCAGCAGCAGCAGCAGCCCCAACAAGGCUCUGGCUUGUUUGGGUCUCUAGGGCAAAACCAACAGAAACCCUCUAUGUUCGGUAGCACUACGCAGGCGACCGGUGGCGGUAUGUUCGGCAACCAGAACAAUCAACAGCAGGGUUCAUCACUCUUUGGGACGUCAGCUGCGCAGCAACAACCGCAGAACAACACGAUGGGGAACUCCAUGUUCGGAAACCCGCAAGCCAACCAAUCUACAGCGUCGUUCACUGCUAGUAUCAACGAUCUAUCGGCGUAUGGUUCCCUAUUUGCUAAUCUUGGCAACAAUGAGAUCUCUGACCCUGGUCCUCUCGCAACACCGACGAACAAGAAACAGUCAAGACGGCCUUCUAUAUUACCUUACUAUAAGUUAAACCCGGCCUCCGGCUCUCGAUUCGUGACGCCACAGAAACGUGGCUUCGGCUUCUCUUAUAGUACUUACGGCACCCCGAACAGUCCCUCGAGCGUAGCUAGUACUCCAGGUACUAUGUCGCAGAGUUUGUUGGGCGGAAGUUUGACUCGAAGUGUCGGCAAUUCUCUUGCUAAGAGUGUGUCGACAAGUAACCUUAGACGUAGCUUCAAUGUCGAAGAUAGUCUCCUAGCUCCUGGCGCAUUUUCCGCUAGUUCUACCUCGAGACUCUACGGGAGCGGCAGUGUCAAGAAACUCGUCAUCAAUAAGGACUUACGCAGUGAUUUAUUCUCGACACCAACGAGGGACAAAUCUGUGCCCGAGACGCCCAACAGCUCUCGGAAGCUAACGAAGCGUGUUAGUUUUGAUACUAGCAACGUAGAUGCCGUUGAAGAUGGUGCGGCUGCUAACGGCUCCGCUCACUCUACACCAAGCGCAGAGCAAUUGGGCUACGUUCGACCGAAGGCUACUAACGGAGUCAACGGUUCGAAGUCGACUCCCAUCCCCGAGAUGGAGCAGGUCAAGGGCAAUGAGCUGGCAGUUGUGCAUGAAGAAGAGGCCCCCUCUCCCCAAGGCCGCACCUCGACGACUGCCCUAUCUGACGGAGAUCCUGGCGAGUAUUGGAUGUCCCCGACUAAGGAAGAGAUCCAAAUGUUGAAUAGAGUCCAGCGCCAGAAGGUAUCUGAGUUCACCGUGGGGCGUGAAAAUGUCGGCUACGUCAAGUUCAAGGUGCCUGUUGAUUUGACAUCCGUUGAUGUUGACAGUAUAUUCCAUAACAUUGUCAUCCUGGAGCCACGAAGCGCCACAGUUUAUCCCAAUGCCGCUAAGAAGCCGCCCGUUGGUAAGGGCUUGAAUGUACCUGCCAUUAUCAACUUGGAGAAUUCCUGGCCGCGUGCAUCGAAAAAGGGUAAACCGAUCUCGAUUACGAAACACGUCGAGCGCCUGAAGAGAAUCCCAGACACUAAACUCGAAAAUUACAACGAACAAACUGGUGAAUGGACAUUCUCUGUUGAGCAUUUCACAACAUAUGAACUCGACGAAUCAGAGGAUGAAGAUGACUCUGAGAGUAGACCUUCUGGCGCCCCAUUGGCUUAUACGCUAGACAAGGAAGUCUCCUCGUCCCCAUCUGCCGCUUCGGAAGACGUCACCUCCGACGUUGGUGGUACCCUAGAUGGCAAACGAGGCUACCCAGUACUCCCAGGCGCCUUCGAUCUCGAGGAUGACACUUAUCAAGAGGAGGCAGAGAUGACAGAGGCCACUAGAUCUCAACCGUCUUUUUUAGCUAAUCGCUCCGUGGGUUCAAAAUCCAAUGCGCUCGUCCGCAUAGAGCAGGACGAGUCGGAUGAUGAAUAUGCGAUGUCCGAGGUACAUGAAGAAACGAGUACUUCCCUUGGACAGCAUCUCGCCGCGGAGCAGGAGGAUAACUCGUUUGAUGGCUCCCAAUUCGAUACUGUGCCCGAGACACCUGCAGGUAUCAUGAGAGCUCGCAUGCGCGCGAUCAAGGGCUCGGCAACACCAAUGAAAGUUCAGGUAUCGUCAGGAGAUGACUGGAUGGAUAUGCUUAGCAAGACUAUUAGCCCGCAGAAGCGCGAUCGAGCACUUCUAAGGACCAUCAAUGAAGCCGAUCAACAACGUGCGGCGAAUGGAUAUUCUCGGGAAGCAUCCCCGACGAAGAAACGCAUUGUACCAGAUGGUCGUGGUUUUGCAACGAGUAUCGAUUUGAUGAAUUCACUAUUCGAGAAGGCCAAGGCACCAACCGAGAAUCUCCAGGCUUCUGUGAGACCUAAAGGUAUUAAGUGGCCAUACAAACGGCACACUAAGCAUCUCGACGAAGGUGAUAUGGAUGAGCAGGAUCGAGUUUGGCAUGAUACUAUGCGACCUACCUGGGGUCCAAACGGCACUCUGGUUUUUUCUGCAACUCCAAGUGGCUCGGCAUUCGGAAGGUCAGGCCGUAUUACUGACAAGAAUGCACUUAUGACCGUGCUGAAAGGCGGUAUCGUAUCAGAAACACAGGACAUCAGAAUCGCCAAAUUCACAAAUGAGAUGUCUGCUAGAGCGAUUCAUGUCCACUCUAAAUUGGCCCAGAUUCAACUUAUUGGUGGCGUACCGUCUGUUCGACUCAGCCCAAGGACAACAUUGAAGGAUUUUUCCAUCGGCAACACCGCUAAGAACUCUGCAGAGGAUCAUGAGAGGCUUGUAUGGGAACUUUCAAGUGUCCUAUUUGAUAGCAUCAAGAUCCCCCUAGAGUUGCAGAACGAUGCUGAAGCUGUGGAAAAACUUCGGCGGGAGAAUCUGUCUCGGUUCUGGGAGAGAAUGGUGGAGGAACAGACAAACCAGACUGCCGCAAUGGCUGGAUCAAGCGAGGAGAAGGCUUUGGCCUCUUUGUCCGGUCACCGAGUAGCUGAGGCUUGUAAGCAUCUUCUAGAUGGCAAAAACUUUCGUCUUGCCACUUUAGUUUCUCUUAUCGGCACCAACGACGGUGUUAAGAAGGACGUGCGAGAACAGAUGAAGGAGUGGCACGAGGCUCAUGUGCUUUCCGAAUUCUCUCAGCCAAUCCGAGCGCUUUACGAAAUGCUAAGCGGUAACGUCUGUGCCUGCGAAGGUACCAAAGGUGCCCUAGAAAACCGGACUGAGUCUUUCCUCAUCUCCAAAAGAUUCGGUCUCAACUGGCAACAAGCUUUUGGACUAAGGCUCUGGUACGCGAUAUCCUCAGAGGAUCGCAUCGCGGACGCAGUGGAGAAGUAUAAAGAAGAUGUGGAGCAAGAUCGAGAGCUGCCACCUGUCACUUGGUUUACGGAGCAUGGUAUCAAGGGCAUCUGGAAUGAUCCGAACCAGGAUCAGCGAGAAGAUCUACUUUGGGGUUUACUACAAUUAUACUCCAAUAGCCAGGUCGAUCUGGAAGCGAUAUUACGACCAGAGAACUCUCAACUCUCCCCUCUUGAUUUCCGACUCUCCUGGCAACUAGGACAAGCUUUGACAUCUACCGGGCGUGCUUCAUUUGGAAAGAACGCCACAGAAAAAGCAGAUGCCGCUAGUGUCUCGUUCGCUGCACAGUUAACGAAUGAAGGUAGCUGGUUAGAAGCAACUUUCGUCCUGUUGCAUCUCACGGAUCCCGAUGCGCGAUCUAAAGCCAUACAAGACCACCUCUGCAGACAUGCCGGACUAAUCGGAAACGAGGACUCUAGCAGCUUCAAGAAGCUCGCGGCGGAUUUCAAGAUUCCGAGAAGAUGGAUUUGGCAUUCGAAGGCGUUGUUCAUGCGUAGCGUCAAAAAAGACCCGGCUGCCGAAGUCCAAUGCUUACUUCACGCAGAGUCGUGGGCUGAUGCUCAUCGCACUUUCAUCAAAGAAGUCGCCCCGGUCACCAUAAUCGAGCGUGACUACGACGCCUUAGCUGAUCUACUUCAUCAGUUCGAAGGCCACCACUCACAAGUCCCCGACUGGAAUGUUGGUGGUGAUAUCUACAAAGCAUUCCUCCAAUUACUAAGUUGUCAACGACGAGCCGAAUACCCACCCCCUAUCUUACUAAACGCGCUCCUCGAAGGAUUGCCGGCUAUGCAUGGCAAUACACCUGAAGCUGGCAUGGUAGAGUAUGCUGCAUUGACGGAUAUGGCAGCGGAGGUCGCAAAGGUGGUAGCCAAUAUGGCAAAGGCAGGAGAGAUGGAACAUGAACGCAUCUUACACCUUCCCUUGACGGAAGACGUCCUACUGAAACAUUCCCGAGAUUUCGCCUGGUCACAUUACUCGACGGUGAUGGCCGGCCUCUAAACCCCCUUUGCCCCCGGUUCUAUUACGAAGUUUUGAGGUGAAAAUGAGUUAGGAAGACAUUGAGGAGGAUUAGCAACGUGCAUUUCCACGCAAAAAUGGCACCUAUAGUAGAUAGUUCAUUCCCCUUAAGGUUAAUCGCCUACCAUACUCAGUCUAGGAUGAAAGUUGGGAAGUAAAAGGAGUCAGUCCAUGGUGGGUUAUGCGAUAUUUAAGACGUUUUGUGUCGUAGGGACGACACAGCAGAAGAAUUGCCUUCAUGUAGCAUAAUACAGUAGUUAGCAUAAAUUGCUGAUACCCGAGCCUC